GGUUACAUAACCUAAAUUAUUUUACCUUCAAAUUUUAAUUAAAACUUGUUUUAUUCUAAGUCAAAAACAACUUUCACCUUAUCAGUUGGCUUGAUAAGGGGAAGUUUAACAGUAUGGUGAACCCGAACGAUAUUUUUACGAAAUAAUUUACAUUACUUUCUACAAAUUAUGGAUGUAAAAUAAGGAAUCAGUUGUGAAGUUCUCAGUGCUAACUCAAAUUACAAAUGCAAAGUGAAAUCUUGCUAUCGUUUUUAUUAUUAAGUUUUGCAAAUUGUAUAUCAAAAUAUCCUGUUUUAAUAAUUAUUUCUUUCGAUGGUUUUCGUUACGAUUUUGUUGGUAAAAAGACACCAAACAUACUUGCUCUAAGAAGAGAAGGAACUUACGCACCAUAUAUUAAUAAUGUCUUUCCUACAAAAACUUUUCCCAACCACCAUUCUAUUGCAACAGGAUUAUACACAGAAGUUCAUGGAGUAAUGGCAAACAAUUUUUAUGAUCCAGAGCAACAGCAAAUUAUCAAGUACGGUUAUGAAAUGUUUCAUUAUAAUGAAGAAAUUGUUCCAAUAUGGACACAUAAUGAAAGGGCAGCUAGUGAUAGGUAUUCUGGGAUAAUGAUGUGGCCAGGGGGAUCAUUUCCAUACCAAAACACAUACCCACAAUAUUUUAAGGAAUUUGACCCUCAUUUUGAUUGGAAUCAAAGAGUUGAUGAGGUAAUAUCAUGGAUAGUACAUCCCAAAAGGCCAGCAAAUUUGAUUAUGCUUUAUAUUGAGGAGCCAGAUUCACAUGCUCAUGCUUUUGGUCCUGAUUCACCAGUAAUUAUUGAGUUGAUAAAAAGACUUGAUAAUUUAACUUGUUACUUAAUUAAAAAAUUAGAGGAAAACAACUUAACAGAAAAAGUAAAUUUAAUAUUUCUAAGUGACCAUGGCAUGGACAGCGUAAGCCCCCCGCAUUUUAUAGACAUAACGCAAUAUUUAGAGCCCCAUACUUAUGAUAUUGCUGGAAGCUCACCUGUUUUACAUAUUCUUCCCCAUGAGGGAUACGAAGAAGCAAUUUAUGAAAACUUGACUGAAUUUUCUAAGAAACAAGGACACUUUUCGGUGUUUAAAAAGGACGAUCUUUUGACUAGAUGGCACUUUAAAAAUAAUCCACGUACCCCUCCUAUAUUUCUUUUAGCUGAUGAUGGUUAUGGAUUUCAAGACUUGGCAAUUUCAGCUGAAUAUCUUUCGAAAAAAUUCAAUUUUAAAGUGAGCAACAAAUCGAAAUUUGGCGUUCACGGUUACGACAAUUUAGAUUUGAAAAUGAAGCCAUACUUUGUGGCACGCGGGCCGAAAAUAAAAAAGAACAAGAUGGUUAUUCCUUUCUGGACUGUCGACUUGUUUGCGUUGUUUUGCGAAAUUUUAGAAGUGCCCCAACUCCCCUCCAACGGUUCCUUACUACGGGUUCACGAUGUUUUAGUGUCGAGGCCCUACUUUGUACAAGUGUUUCCGAAGUUUGUACUGGUUGCAGGUGGAAUCGUAAUGACUCUAAUCUUAUCGGUAGUAUUUAUUGCUGCAGUUGCCUAUUAUUUUAUUAGAAGGCAGCAGAAUAUGACGACAGCGGCAGCUUUAAAUAAAAGGUUUCCGCAAUGUUACAACAAUUCUAUUAUAGAGGCGCAAAGAUUACUCGAUGAAGAGGCUAGUCUUAUAUAAUUAAUGUUGUUGUUGUUAAAACUAAUUGUUAGGUGUUAAUGUUAUUAAAACUUGCAUAUUCAAUUUUAAGAUUCAAUCAGAGCACAUCUAAAAUUUAUUUUGUUUGAACUGAAAGCGCUCUGUAUUAACUUUUACAGCUAUUAUGGUCUAUGGAGUGCUUGAUCUAAUGGUUUUUUAUAGGUAUGGAUUUUUUACUUGAAAGUGAGAUUAAAAAAGAAACGCAAUGUCUUCAUUGUACACUUGAUAUUAUUGUUGUCAGUAUUUUUAAAAUAUGUGAAUGUGAUAUAAUCUUUUCUCAAUAAAACGUUUUAAUUAGCUA